AUGGCGAAUCCCACCACUGUGAAUCUUGGGAACAUCGUCUUGACGAUUACCCCUAUCGCCCGCGGGAACCCCUCCCCAACCAGCGCUCAACCUCCGGAUGACGAGCGCGGCGUCAUCGAGGACCUGCGCACAUGCAGUCUCUAUUCCUCCCUCUCCAAGCUCCGCUCGAGCGAAAAGUUCUCCGACAUGACCAUCACCUGCCAAGGCCAGACCUUCAAGGCCCAUCGCGCCGUCGUCUGCAGCCAGUCGUCCUUCUUUGACAGGGCCUUCUCGAGCGGGUUCAAUGAGUCCGUUUCCGGCGUCAUAGACCUGCCAGACGACGAUCCCGAGGUUGUGGAGCGUUUCCUGCAGUUCCUGUACACGGGGGACUACAAGGACGGGGAAUACCCGAACACGGGGGACCCGUCCAUCCCCGCCACGAUGACCAGCGAAGAAGUCGCCGAGGAACUAGCCCAGGCCCCGGGCGUGACCGUCGGACCAGGGGCCGGUGCUGAACGGCCAGCUUCCCACUCGGUCGAUCCUCUCGACGAGGGGGCCGUUCAGCCGAUGGGGGACCCCGCCACGGAGGAGCACGUCAUCUGGGCUGAGGCGGCUGGGAUGGGGGUGGAGCAUUCCAAAUAUGACACCAAUCACGACGAUGAGGUGGAGGACCCGGACUUCCCGAGCCCGGACCCCUCAGACGAUGAGGACGAGCCGCCGGAGGAGUACUACGAGUACGAGGAGGAAAGCUACGCCGACGACGACGACGACGGCAACAGCGGGGUGCCCGACGCGGGCCAGCAAACGGCCGCUACGACCACCACCAAGGAGUCCCGGGUCAAGACGGCGAUACGGAUACGGCGACAGCAGAAGCAGGAGGGGGCCAGCAAGGCAGACGCGAACUCCCCGGUGGAGGAGUCCCGGCGCCCGCGCGGCCUGUUCCUGGCGCUGCGACUGUACGUGAUGGCGGACCGGUACGACGUGCCGGCGCUGCGGCUGUUGGCGCGGGAGCGCCUGUACCGGACGGCCGAGCGGUGCUGGGAGUCGCGGGCCGACUUCCCGGCCCUCGUGGACGAGCUGUACGCCACGACGGCGCCGGGCGACGUCGCGCUGCGGGGGGUCGUGUGCCGGCUUGUUGGGAACGGCCUGGGGAGGAGGGGGACGAGGGAGAGGAUGGCGGGGGUGAUGAGGAAGCAUGGGGACUUUGCUGUUGAUGUUAUGAAUUACUUCCUCGAGGCGCCCCGCGUGUGGUGGUAG